UUCCUCGGUAAUCGCGUCGUCAUUUUCGCGUCUCGCCUUCAAAUUGCAACGUUAAAUCAGCAAAAGAAGAACAAUAAAAACGAAAUAAAUUGCAUUAAACUGCUGACAGAACUGCAAAAUUAAACACUUUUGAUACCGCGCAAAUAAAAGAAAAAAAUUGAUUGAUCAGCAUUGAAAUUUCAAUAUAUAAAAUAAUAACUGAACAACGUCAAUGCAAAUCACAUUGAGUUGCAAAUAAAACGUUCUUUUGUCCAAAAAAACACAUUGAACUUGAAGAAACGCAACAAAAAAACUUCGAGUAGUGAAAGCAUCGCGCAGUUGGCGACUUGAAUGCGUCUCUAACGAUUUUGUGAUGAAAUAAGUUUAUCUCUUUUUUUAUUGAAUUGAGGUGCCUCCGUAGAUUGAGCAAUCUAACGAAAAAAAAAAAUAAUAAAUUUAAAAUUCAAAAGACACGUUUUUGUUACAAAAUUGGACCAUGAGUGAAACGAUUCUUAUCACAGGCGGAUCUGGUUGUUUGGGUCAACAAAUCAUCAAACACUUGCAAGAGCACGACACAGACUCGCAAAUUCAGGAGAUUCGUGUUUUGGAUUUGGUGCCAUACGAAAACAGUUUGGGCUACAAAGAGCGAAUUCCCGUAAAAGGCUUCGUUGGCGACGUUACUGUCGUUGAUUCGACCCUCAGAGACGUUUUCAAAGAUGUCGAUGUCGUGUUUCAUUGCGCCGCCUUCAUUUCGCUGAGUUUUCCGCCCAAACAGGAUCAACUGGAAAAGGUCAAUGUCGAAGGAACGCAAAAUGUCGUGAAUUUGUGCGUGGAAAAUAACGUCAAAUAUUUAAUCCAUACGAGCGAUAUUUUUGUCACGUUGGUACCAUUCACGAAAUUGGGCAUGUUUGGAGCUGUCGUCAACGAAACAGAAUCAAAAACGAAAAUGCCAACGACUGAUGAUCAAUUUUUGAUUCCGGGAUAUCCGCCAUCGAAGUUGAGAGGGGAAAAAGUUGUCUUGGAAGCGAAUGGAAUGCAGUUGAAAAAUGGAAAAGAUAUCUUAAAAACUGUCGCCCUUCGCUUCCCUCUGAUGUACGGCGAAGGCGAUCGUCAUUGCGUGAGUAAACUUAUCGAAGUUUCUGAACGUUGGAAUGGUCAAAUUCCAAAAAUUGCGGGCGAUGGAGGCAAACAUCAAUUAAUCUAUGCAGGAAAUGCCGCUUGGGGUCACAUUUGCGCCAAAAACACUCUGAAAAACGAUCCAAAGCGAAUUGCAGGCCUUCCCGUGUCGUUAACUGAUGAAUCUCCCAUUUACGAUAUUACGCGUUUCACGAAUUUGAUGUUGACACGUAACUCGGAGGUGUUUAAAGUUCGUCCCUCAUCAUGGAAAGUCCCGUUUUUGUUGUCAUUCAUCUUGGCACUCAUCUUUGAGUUCUUUUUCGGGAUCCUUCACAAAGUCACGGGAUGUAGAUUGGAGUAUUCUCCCAAAAGUAUGGUUUCGUAUUGUGGUUCGCUGACGUUAUGGUCACGAUUACGUGCUUCAAUCCAAAUGAACUACGAUCCGUUAUACACGCCCGAAGAAUCUUGGAAGCGCAGCGCUAAAUGGUACGAAAAAUGGUACUUAGAGGAGUUCAAAAAUAAGAAAAAAGACACUUGAAUGACGAUUUUUUAUGUUUUUCGUAUUAUAUUGAGGGUCUGUUAUAAAUAAAUAUAUAGAAUUAUUUAAAAAACUAACUUUUUC